AGAGCCAGCUGCUUUCGUAUUGGUGUCUAUGGGAGAGCCACCCCCUUAAGUAGACAAAAACGGAUCAUUUUUUGUUCGAUAGUUAACGUCCUGAGUUAACUAUCUUCAGUUAUCCAACGUCUUUGCUGCCUGUGCACUGAGGUCAUUCCUGAGGGCGGGCGGGAAUGGAGGGAACUACCUGGUGAUACAUUAUCGACCGGUAGUAAAGAGCAGCGUCGACUAUUGUUAAAAUCAACCGUGAUUUUCCGUCUGCCAGGGCAAGAGUGAGACAAGAGGACGAAAAUCCGUUUUCCCUGUUUGUUUAGAGAAAAUAAUACAAUAUAAGCAACGUUGAACAACUCUUUCAUAUUUAAGCUAUAUAGUUAUUUAUCUAUCUUAUCUGUGUGAAGAUGAACGGGGUAACGCGGAGUCUGUAUACAUUUGAGGACAUCAGAGCUGAUGAGAGAACAGCGGAUGGGUGCAGGAGACUGAGGCUGACUCUCCACCAGCAGAACCAGGCCGGGAGGAUCAAAGAACAACCCAGGAGCAAGCCAAUCGGACGAGCUUUUGCUCUGGUGCAGCCAACCAGUGAUAGGCCUGUUCUGAAGCCUGAACCAAUCAAAUCCUCUGAGGAGAAGGCUGAAAAGGUUGAGGUCAUCAAGGUGUAUCUGGAGGAUCGUAGACAGGAGCAGCAGAGACACCAGCAGAGCCUCAAGAUGUUGUCAGAUGAAGUCUCCCAGAUACAGGAGGUGAGAUACUGUCUGAAGACCCUGAGGGAACAGAUGGCAACCAAGAACAAAGGACAACACAAGUUUCUUGCUAGUGGCUACAGAGUCAGCACUCCCUCCAAUCAGAACAUCUCUUCUUCCUCAAAGGGAGGAGCUAAAGAUGAUGGGCAGGGAGGGGAGGAUGAGGUGGAGAGGGCGAAGAUGAGGGAGGUCAGUAAACGUCUGUAUGCUCAGCUACGGGAGGCCGAGAAGAAACACCAGGAGGAGAGAGAGAGACUGCAGGCUGAGGGUGUGGAUCUGCGCCAGCGUCUGGGGGAGCAGGAGGACAAGCUGAAGGGGGUGGAGGAGAGUAGUGAGAGGAAGGACCAGAGGAUUGAGGAGCUCCAGAGGCUGCUGGGAGGCAUGACGCAGGAGAGCCAAGCCCUACGAGACACACUGAGGAACAGAGAGGAAGAACUCCGAGAAUUACGCAAGAUCAGAGAGGAGGGCAGGAACGAGGAGCAGAGGUCAGAGCAGUUGGAGAAGGAGCUGGCCAUUCUGAAGGAGAAGAUCCAUCAUCUAGAUGACAUGCUGAAGAGCCAGCAGAGGAAAGUCAGACACAUGAUCGAACAGCUGCAGAACUCUCGUAUGGUGAUCCAGGAGAGGGACCGUGUCAUCAGAGAUCUGGAGGAGAAGGUGGCUUUCCUGGAGGCAGAGAACCGGGAGAUGCAUGAUCAGAUGGACUACUUCCUGGGAGGUGAAAGGUCAAACUCGCACCUCUCAUCAGACCGCCACGCCCAGAUUGUCUACAGUAAGCCUUUGAAGCCCACCAACUCGUCCAACAAGCCUCUUCCCUUCAUCAAAAUCAUUGAGACCAAGUCCUGAACUGGUGAAAGCGAGGGAGAAGGGGCUAACCUAACGACACCAAACCUGCUAAGCUAAGCAACAACGGACUUAAAUAGACCACCACCACAUUACUACCACACCAACAUCACAGUACACGUAUGAAGUUUAAACUGAGGUGACCACAACAUCACAUCAACUGACCACCAGGCACGACCAUCACCCACCCAUGGCCACACUCCUUCGAUAGGAUACUAUGCAAUGUAUGUGUGUGUGUGUCAGAGGAGGCUGGUGGGAGAAACUAUAGGAGGAGGGGCUCAUUGUAAUGUCUGGAAUGGUAUACAUGGAACAGUCAAAAUAGUUUCCAUAGGUUUGCUGUGUUUCAUACCGUUACAUGUAUUCCUCCUAUAGCUCCUCCCACCAGCCUCCUCGUGUGUGUGUGUGUGU